CCUCGUGUUGUUGGCUGCUGCUUUCUGGAUGGUCCUGCUGCCAUUCACUCGCGAGAUUCGACGGAAUCGGAGUCUUUCCUGCUUGUAUCCGCGGAAUCCGUACUGUAUGCGUCGGGAAAAGUGUAGUGCAGUGCGCCGAAGAAAAAUCGCGAGAAACUUUUCCGUCGUCAUCGGUUUUAUUUAGUAAAUUUUGUGUGUUUUCGUUCCCCCAUUGAUCAGGAUUACGUGAUAGGAAAAGUGUUACACUUCUGCGGGCAGUGGCUGCCAUUUCAAUACCGAGGAAGGAAAAAUUGGUGCAGCGUUCUGUCAUCCCCGUCCGAAGGAUCGUACAGCUCUAGGUGCGAUAACAUAUCAUACUGACUGGGGAAGGACUACGAAGCUACGGGCCGAAACAGAUUUCAAACACGUACUGGGGAAUCCCAGUCGUACAACGAUACGAAGUUCAAAAAAGGCUCCCAUUGUACUGAUUACGUCUGACAGAAAUGCUUGUAUAGUACACGAACAUUUGCAGCUGAAAAUUCCUACAUCUUAGAUCCUGCAAGUGAAACAAACUAUCCAGUGAGUGCGUAAUUCCGAACGCCCUAGACUCUAACGAACCCCGUCGGAGCACAGAGUGUAUGUGUCAUGAAUCCAGACGAAUAUGAAUCGCUGCCAACGACCAGUGUAGCUACCAACAUGACGGCCGGUGCCAUUGCCGGCGUCAUGGAGCACUGCGUGAUGUACCCGCUGGACUCGGUCAAGACACGAAUGCAGUCGCUCACGCACAUGCACGCAAACGAAACAAUCAUCUCGACGAUGCGCGACAUGGUCCGAUCGGAAGGCCUGCUGCGGCCGUUCCGUGGAGUGAUGGCCGUUGUUGCCGGGGCGGGCCCCGCACACGCCCUCUACUUCGGAGCGUACGAGUACUCGAAGGAGACGAUCGGACGCUUCUCGGAUCGGGAUCAAAUCAACUACAUGGUGUCGGCUGCGUUGGCCACCCUUGUACACGAUGCCAUCUCCAAUCCGGCCGACGUCGUCAAGCAGAGGCUACAAAUGUACAACUCACCCUACAGUUCGAUCAUGCAUUGCGCCCGCCAAGUCUACCGAACCGAAGGCCUGCGAGCGUUUUAUCGAUCGUACUCGACGCAGCUUGUGAUGAACAUCCCGUACUCGGCGAUCCAGUUUCCCACGUACGAAUUCUUCCAGAAGCUGCUCAAUGAAGACAAUAAGUAUAAUCCCCCGGUACAUAUGGUGGCGGGAGGAGCUGCGGGCGCGGCCGCUUCAGCCCUCACAACGCCACUGGACGUGUGUAAAACUCUGUUGAAUACCCAGGAGGACGGUGCUGGCAAGACCACUGGCCUCAUUCAGGCCGUAAAGAAAAUAUACCGCACUGCCGGAGUUAUGGGCUUCUUCAAGGGGCUACAGGCUCGAGUGCUGUACCAAAUGCCCGCCACCGCCAUUUGUUGGUCCACCUACGAGUUCUUCAAAUACAUCCUCACCGAGGGCGCCCGGGGUGCGGUAUGGAGUAGCGGUUCCUCGUCGGAUCCGACCGUGGAAAAGCCGAAGGAAUCCGACAAAAAACAGCUAUCCGAUCUGCGGUACGUACUACCGGUCAGUGCGGCAUCGGCCGAAGCCUCGGCCAGCAGUCUGAUCGUGCGCACCGGAUCUGGAGCGUCAUCUAGUGGCGACCGCGACGGAGGUCGCCGAGAACUGCCCGCCAUGUCCGGCGCCGGGAUCUACGGAGCAAUGAGCUACAACACGAUGCACUCGAAUGAUGCAAACAUCACCGAUCAUCACCAUCCGCUGCGGAGGUCCAAUUAGAGGUCCUCCGAUCGUACGGACGUGUCGUUCCCGAAGCAGUUGACCUUGGUUCUGUAGCGAUAAAUGCAAGACAGCCGGAGAUGCCCGCGCCAGCCUCGGCCUCGGACGGAAAGAACGAACCAUCGUUGGCGGGUGCGAUAGAUGACGAUGAUGAUCAUGAUAAUAAUUAUUGUUAUUUAGUAAUGUAAAUAGAAGCUAUUGUUCCGGGCGCCGGGCCGCGUUUGUGCAUGGUAACAUGUACCGAGUGUUGGGAGUUGGAACAACUUGAACAACAACAAAACAAAAAACGAUCAGGGAUUUAGAACGCGUAACGAAGGUUCUUCUGCUUGGUGAUGUUUCGUGUGAGAAUAGCGAUAGCGGACUUGGUGGUCCCGCGAUCUCAGCGCUUCAAACCGCUGGUAGCCACUUGUAAAUUUUUAGUCGUGUAGAUUCGCACCUUAAUUCUACUAUAGUAAGUACCUUUCCCGCUCCCAAAUCCCUAACACAUUUUAGUUUUGUGUGAGCAACAAUCUUAAAUCAGAAAUUUAGGAGCAUCUGCCAGAAGACGUAAGCUUUAGAUUCUUCCUCUCCGGUCAUCGAAAUGACCAAGGAUAAUCUGCACUAUGCAAAAAAGAGAGUCAAUUAAUACAAAUUAGUUCAACAAAUGAGCAUUCGUAAAAAAAACCAUCCGUAUUUUAUUCAUUUCGUUCUGAAACAGAAAACAAUCCUAGUUUUUAUUUCUGAAAAUUCUACAAGUUCCUUCUAAAGAACAAUUUCACUUAAUGACCGAAAUUGCCUCCGUAAAUAAUGUUCGACUGUCCCCCUAAAUGUAGCAUUGUUCUGUGUAAUGCCCGGAAGCAUUGACAGUGUUCCGCAGUGAACUUGAGUGUCCACGCUCUGUAUAGAGUUUUCAUGUGUAACCUUCGUAACGUCGUUAGAUAAAGUCAUAUAUUAGGCACACAUUUAGGCAAAGUCAAUUCUCGCUCCCAAAGGUUGAAGGAUGUACGCACCCACCUUCCCCCGCAUACCAAUUGCACAAAGGAUCAGUCGUUAAACUACUAACAAUUUAUCAAGUCAACCUUCACAACCAUGAACAGCCAUCAUGAAGUAUACCAUAGAAGGCACCCCCGGUAAGCGGUUCGUGUUUUAUUACCUGUGAAAACGUCUCGGGACAUUAUAACGUUAUGUUGUUCAGAUCUUGGAAAUUGAUAUUUCAAAUUAUGGUACUUUCCGAGGUUUUGAAGGUGUAUGUGAAGCAUUAAAUCAAAACUAAUUUCAUAUUUACACCAUUGUUUCAAUCAUUCACACUGCAAAUAGCAAAACAACGGUAGAAAAACGCUAUGAUUGAAGAAACACAUUUAUUGAAAGCGUUUGUAUAGCUAAAAUCUCGGACGAAGCAAGAUAAAACGUAAGAGGAAUCCCAACACACACAGACACACUUAUUGUUCACCUCUACUAUUAAUUCUAUAUUAUAUAUUUUUACUUCUAAAAAUUCGGUACUAAGUAUCGUCUGAUGGUGAGAUGCCAUAGAAUGCUUGAUACCAAAGGAAUCAAGACGUUUGCAUUGGAAAAUGAAUCUAGCGUAAUUUUAUUAACGACAAAGAGACAAAGACAAAUGCAACACAUAAAAAUUGUAGACUUAGUCAGAAAGGAUAUCACAGAAAACAAGUUAGAAAACAGGAGAUAGUAGAAAAUCUAAUGCUCUAUGCUACAUAUACGGAGCAUAUGCGCGAAGAGUUCUGUUCACUUUCACACAGUGAUCCUUUCAGGACGGAAAGCUACAGAAUGAUAUUACCUACCCACUUUGUACUUUGUUUAAAAAAAAACAAGACAAACCCCGAUGCAGAGAUCGGCGAAAUAAAGUGAAGAUCGACUCUUCAAUGAAAUGUACAGUGAGAUGGAAAAAUUCAAAUUAUUGGAAAACGUGAUUAAAUAAAUACCUGUAUAUGAGAAACAGUUGAAAUUUAAAAUAAAA